AUGACUAUCCACAAAGGAAUGCUGCCAGCGACAGACGUGGUGGCCUUCUCCUUCAUUGUGCUGUAUGUUGCCAAGAAGAUUUUUGGGAAAAGCCCUCGGGGGUUGUCAAGCUCGCAAAACAGUGAUCUAGGAACUGCAAUCAACUUAAAUCCUUCCACGGCGGCAGUCGCGGCAUCGCGCCUUUCACGACAGCACACACGGCAUAGCGGCUUCCACGACUGCAGACACAGCAUCGCGGUCUCCACGACGGCAGACAUGGCAUCGCGCCUUCCACGACAGCAGACACAGCAUCGCGUCUUCCACAACGGCAGUCGCGGCAUUGCGCCUUCCAAGACGGCAGACACAGCAUCGCGCCUUCCACAACGGCAGACAAAGCAUCGCGCCUUCCACACGGCAGACAAAGCCUCGCGCCUUCCACGACGGCAACAAACCUCGCGCCUUCCACAGGGGAAACAAAACCCCGCGCCUUCCCACGGCAACAAAGCUCCCCUUCCACGACGCGCAAAGCCUCGCCCCUUCCCCGACGCGACAAAGCUCGUCCCCCCCCCGACGGCAGACAGGCAUCGGCGCUUCCAAAACAGCGACCAGCCCCGCCCCUUCCCGACGGCAAAAAAGAUCGCGCCUUUCACGACGGGAACAAACCCGCGCCUUCCAGCGGGAGACCCCGGGAUCGCGCCUUUCCACGACAGCAACACAGCCUCGCGCUUUCCAGGACGGCAGAAAAAGCCUCUCGCCUUCCCCACGGCAGACAAACCUCGCGCCUUCCACGACGAAGAAACAAUCCUUUCCCCCAACGCAGACCGCAUGCGCCUUCCACGACGGCAGACAAAGCUCGGCCUUCCCGACGGCAUCGAAAACUCGCGCCUUCCACGACGGCAGUCCGCGCAUCGGCCCUUUCCCCAACGGCAUCGAGCAUCGGUCUUCCACCGACGACACGGCACCCCGGGGCCUUCCACACGGCAAUACAGCAUCGCGCCUUCCCACGACGGCAAAAAGCCUCGCGCCUUCCACGCGGGAGACAAAGCCUCGCGCCUUCCACCGGGAGCAAAGCCCCGCGCCUUCCACACGGCAGACAAAUCUCGCGCCUUUCCCCCGGCAAAAAAGUCCGCGCCUUUCCCGACGGCAGACAAAAUCGCGCCUUCCCGACGGCAACAAAGCCCGCGCCUCCCACACGGGAGCAAACCUCGCGCCCUUCCACGACGCGACAAAGCCUCGCGCCUUCCACCCGGCAGAAAAAAGCUUUUGCGCUUUCCACGACGGAAACCCCAAACCUCCGCCUUCCCCGAGGCAGACACGGCAUCCCCUUCCACGACGGAACCGGGGGUCGGCCCUUCCACAACGGCCGACACGGGAUCGCGCCUUCCCACGGCAGACAAAGCCUCGCGCCUUCCCGACGGAAGGGCAAAGCCUCCGCCUUCCAGACGGGAGACAAAGCCCCGCGCCCUUUCCACCGGGCAACAAAGCCCCGCGCCUUCCCCCCACGGGGGACAAGCCCCGGCCUUCCCCACGGAAGACAAAGUCUCGCCCUUCACGACGGCAGACAAAGCCCCGGGCUUCCACGACGGCAAACCCAAAACCUCGCGCCCCUUCCACCGGGGCAGACAAAGCCUCCGCCUUCCCGCGGCAACACUGCAUCGCGCCCUUUCCACACGGCAGACGCCCCCUCGCCUUUCCACACGGGAGAACCGGCUCCCCCUUUCCAGACGGGAGACAAAGCCUCGGCCUUCCCCGCGGGAGACCGCAUCCGCCUUCCACGACGGGAGACAAACCCGCGCCUUCCACGACGGCAACACUGCAUUUCGCCUUCCACGACGGCGACAAAGCUCUGCCUCCACGACGCAGCACGGGAUCGCCCUUCCACGCGGCAAAAAAAGCAUCGCGCCUUCCACGGGAGACACGGGCCCCCCCUUCCCCCAGGCAGCAAGCACGCGCCUUCCCACAACGGCGAAACUCGCGCCCUUUCCCGACGCAAAAAACAUCGCGCCCUUUCCCGACGGAGACAAAGCAUCGCCCUUCCCCGCGCAACAAAGCCCGCGCCUUCCACGACGGCAGACAAAGCAUCGCGCCUUCCACGACGGCAGACAAAACCCCGCGCCUUCCACGAGGCAGACAAGCAUCGCCACUUCCACGUCGGCGACCAGCCCCCCUUCCCGAUGGCAACAAAACCUCGCCCUUCCACGCGGGAGACAAAAUCUCGCGCUUUCCACGACGGCAGACCGCAUCCGGCUUCCACAGGCGACAAAGCCUCGGGCCUUCCACGAGACAGAUACGGCCUCGCGCCUUCCCGACGGCAGACACAGCUCGCCCCCUUUCCCCGCGGCAGACACCAUCGGGGCCUUUCCACACCAGCAAAGCUCGCGCCUUCCCGACGGGAAACAAAACCUCGCGCCUUCCCCCGACGGAGACAAACCCGCGCCUUCCCGGACGGGAGACAAAGCCCCGCGCCUUCCACGGGCGGCAGACAAAGCCUCGCCCUUCCACGACGGGGAAAAAAGCCCCCGUGCCUUCCCGACGGCGACAAAACCUCGCGCCCUUCCACCCCACGGCAACAAAGCCCCCGCGCCUUCCAGCGAGACAAAGCCUCGCGCCCUUUCCCCGGGCAGACAAAGCCUCGCGCCCUUCACGACGGCGAAACGGCAUCGCGCCUUCCACGACGGAGACAAAGCCCCCGCCUUUUCCCCGACGGCAGACAAACCCCGCGUUUCCGGACGGCGCAAACCCGCGCCUUCACCGGCAGAACGGCAUCGCGCCCUUUCCCCGACGGGAACAAAACCUUCGCCUUCCGCCGGAGACAAAGCUCCGCCUUCCCCACGCAGACAAAACCUCCGCCCUUCCCCGACGGCAGACAAACCUCGCGCCUUCCCCCCGGCAACACGGAUCGCUUUUCCACGACGGCAGACAAAGCCUCGGGGCCUUCCACCGGCAGACAAAGCCCCGCGCCUUCCCCGACGGCAACAAAGCCCCGCGCCUUCCACGACGCAGACACGGGUCGCACCUUCCACACGGCAACAAAAACCUUCGCUUCCAAACGGAACAAAACCCCGCGCCUUCCACGCGGGACAAAGCCCCCCGCCUUCCGACGGCAAAAAAAGCUGCCCUUCCCCGACGGGAGACAAAGCCCCGCGCCUUCCCAAGGGAGACAAAACCUCGCGCCCUUCCCGACGGGAGACAAAACCUGCGCCUUCCACGACGGAGACAAAACCUCGCACCUUCCCCGACGGCAGCAAGCCCGCGCCUUCCCGCGGCAGACAAAGUUUGCGCCUUCCACAGCAGACCGCAUGCGCCUUCCCCGACGGGAGACAAAGCCCGCGCCUUCCCCGACGGCAGACAAAGCCCCCACCUUUCCCCCGGCAGACACGGGAUCGCCCUUCCACGGGGGGCAGACAAAGUCUCGCCUCUUUCCCCAACGCAGACAAAACCUCGCGCCUUUUAGACGGCAACAAAUCUCGCCUCUUCCCUAACGGGAACAAAGCCUCCGGGCCUUCCCGACGGAGACACGGCAUCGCGCCCCUUUCCCACGGCAGACAACCUCCGCCUUCCCACGGCAGACACUGCUCGCGCCUUUCACACGGGAGCACGGGUCGCGCCUCCCGAGGGAACAAAGCCUCGGUUUCCACACGGCAACAAAGCCUCGCGCUUCCACGACGGGAGACAAAACCUCGCGCCUUCCACGACGGCAGACAAAGCCCCCGCCUUCCACGACGGCAGACAAAAACCUCGGCCCCUUUCCCCGCGGGAACAAAUCUCCGCCUUUUUCCCACGGGAACAAAGCCUUUGGCCUUCCACGACGGCAACAAACCUGCCCCUUCCCACCAGACAAAGCCUCGCGCCCUUUCCCGCGGCAGACACGGCACGGCCUUCCACGACGGCAACACGGGACCCCCUUCCACGACGGGACAAACCCCGCGCCUUCCACACGGCAGACACGGCAUCGCGCCUUCCACGACGGCAGACAAAGCCUCGCGCCCUUCCGCCACGGCAGACAAAAACCUCGCGCCUUCACGACCCGGGAGACAAGCCUCGCGCCCUCCACGACGGCAGACAAAGCUCGCCCUUCCACGACGGCAGACAAAGCCUCGCGCCUUCCACGACGACAGACAAAGCCUCGCGCCUUCCACGACGGCAGACAAAGCCUCGCGCCUUCCACAGGCACAAAAGCCUCGCGCCUUCCCGACGGCAGAAAGCAUCUCGCCUUCCACGACGGCAGACAAAGCCUCGCGCCUUCCACGACGGCAGACAAAGCCUCGCGCCUUCCACGACGGCAGAUACGGCAUCGCACCUUCCACGAUGGCAGACAAAACCUCGCGCCUUCCACGACGGCAGACAAAGUCUCGCGCUUUCCACGACGGAACACGCACGCGGCUUCCACGCGGCAGCAAAACCUCGCGCCUUCCACAAGACAGAUACGGGGAUCGCGCCUUCCCGACGGCAGACACAGUGCCCCCUUCCCCGACGGCAGGACACACAUCGCGCCUUCCCCGACGGCAGACAAACCUGGGCCCUUUCCCCGACGGGAGACAAAACCCCGCGCUUUCCACGACGGGAGACAAAGCCCGGCCUUCCACGAGGAGGCAAAGCCCCGGCCUUUCCCCACGGAGACAAAGCCCGCGCCUUCCCCGACGGCAGACAAAGCCUCGCGCCUUCCCCGAAAGCAGACAAAGCCCCCGGCCUUUCCCCGCGGCAGACAAAGCCCGCGCCUUCCACGCGGCAGACAAAGCCCGCGCCUUUUCCCCGACGGAGACAAGCCUCGCACCUUCCACGACGGCAGCAAAGCCUCCGCCUUUCCACGCGGAGACAAGCCUCGGGCCCCUCCCCGACGGCAACAAAAACCCCGCGCCUUACCGGCAGACAAAACCCGCGCCCUUUUCCCGACGGGAGCCCAAAACCUCGCGCCUUCCCGACGGGAGACAGGCAAGAAUCAUGUGCACAUCUUCACAGUUCCAUGUGGAAGAUAGGCCUAUUCCUUAG